AUGUCGCCAAGCCCGGUACUGCCACUCAGUCGCUGGUCUCAUUUUGCAACACAUUGUUGUGUGGGCGUUGUGCGCUCGCCGUGUAGGGGAUCAACUUUUGGGGAGCCCUUGUGGACCUGCCGCUUACUUUUGACAGAAUGUGGGUCCUCACCGCGCCGUUUGCCGCAGCCGAACGUAGUGUGUAGUCAAGAAGCACUCACUUUGAAGUGUAGGGGUGUCCCCUUUGUUGAGUUUAGUAUGGCUGAAUUAAGAGAGGGUGCGCUUGUGCACGUUGUGGCAAAAAUGUACAAGAAGCCUAGGUUCGUUCCCAUUCAUGGUACAUAUGUGGAGGACACAGAGUUGCUGGUCUCUGAGCAGUUUGGUUCACUGGUUCUUCUUGCGACACUGUGA